AUGGACGGCAGUGGAACGAAACAGCGCACCGAGCUCUGCACGUACCCGUCCUGUACCUCUCUGGGCGCAGACAACUGGCGCUGCCGGCUUUGCAACACGACGUACUACUGUAGCCGGAUGCACCUACUCAACGACAGCCAACGCCACCGCAAUGCAGAGUGCGGGCAGCCCCCCGCCGCACCGCCGCCGCAACAGCGACCAGGGACGCGCACCCUGAACGUCCUGCUCUUCCCGACCGACGAGGACGCCCCGCGGGUCGUGCCGAUUGAGUGCCGCGUCGACGGCCCGCCCAACGACGAAACGCACCACGUCAACUUCUCCGCCCUCCUGCACACGCUCGCCGUGACCUCGCAGCCCGUCGCGCCCCUCGAGCGCGGCGCCCCAAGCACGCGCCUCUACCUCGCGUUCGACGACUGCUUCGCCAUCGACGACGCGCCGCCCAACCGCGCCGCGCGUGCGCUCACCGGCGGCCGCGCACACACGCCGUGGGCGGGCACGCUCGUCGGGUACCGCGCGCGCGAGCCCGCGGCGGAGACGACGCAGUUCCAGGACGUGGGCAUGCAAGACGUCCCUGCGUUCGCGGCGUUUCUGGCGCAGCAUGGCGCACCACCCCUGACGCCGUCUGCGUCCCUGUCGCUCGAGACGAUCGGCGUCGAGGAGUCGCUCGCGUGCGCGCAGGGCCUUGGGGUGCCCGCAAGCGUGGAUGGAGACGAUGGCCCGUCGUUCGUCGUGCUGCGACACGAGGGCGGGCGCGGCAGGGCAGAUCGUGAGCCGGAGCCGGAGCCGGAGCCUGAGCCUGAGCCGGAGCCUGUCUCGGAGCCCGCACCUGCCCCUACGCGGAGGGAUGAGGGGCAAGGGUUGCUAGCUUACCAGGCGAUGCUCGCGGAGGAGUUUGCGCGACAGAGGAUGGAGCUGAGGCAGAUCGUCUCGGUGCGCUUGGUGGUCGUUUAUGCGCUGCUGACGAACGUGGUGUUGGCGCUAUUGGCGGUGGCGCUAUGUUGA